AUGGGAAACAUGGGAAAUUCCAAUCAAUAUCCGAAUUCCUUGUCAAGCAAAAACCAAUACACCGGGAAUCAGUACCCUCAGAACAGUUUGUCGUCGUCGUUGAGCAACAGCAAUCAACAACCGAGCUCUUCGAUCAGUCAAAGCACCAAUGAUUACGAUGGUUUACCUCCCGGUGUCAGCUAUGAUGUCUACUACAACUUCGGAGAGCAAGGAAUGUAUAGAAAG